UGCAAUCGUUGAUUAUCAUGAAGAGGCAGAGAUCCAUACCGUCCUCUUCUUCGCCGAUUUCGACUGGAACCACUAGAAAUUGCCAGAUCUCAACCCCUCCAACGCCGAACACCAUAAGAACCCUUCAUUACAAUACUGCCCUAAAACCCACCUCAAAAUCAUCCAAAAAACCCAGAAGAAAUAUCCUUUCCGAUCUCGAAUCCCCUGAAUCCUCGCUGAAAAAUCAAACUCUCCAAUGGGUACCCUUACGCAUAGGCAAAUCAGAGCUUUUCUUACCUCUCACUUUUCCCACCGGACAAACUUUCCGGUGGAAACAAACCGGCGCUCUCCAGUACACAGGCGUUGUUGGGUCCCACUUAGUUUCCCUCAAACAACUUGAAGACGGCGACGUUGCUUACUGCUUCCAUUGUAGUCCCAAUUUCGAGGAUAACAAAUGCAGGAUGCUGGCUUUAAUGGAUUUCCUCAAUAUGAAGAUUCGAUUAAAGGAUAUAUGGGAAGAAUUCUCCGCUUCUGAUUCUCGGUUUGCAGAAUUAUCCACACGUUUAACUGGUGCUCGAGUUCUCAGGCAAGACCCAUUAGAAUGUCUUGUUCAGUUUCUAUGUUCUUCUAAUAAUAACAUUGGUAGAAUUACUAAGAUGGUAGAUUUCAUCUCUUCACUGGGAAACCAUCUAGCAACUGUAGAAGGUUUUGAAUUCUAUGAAUUCCCAACCUUGGAGAGACUCUCACAGGUCUCUGAGGAAGAACUGAGGAAAGCUGGUUUUGGUUACAGGGCCAAGUAUAUAGUGGGUACAGUAGAUAAAUUGCAAAGUAAGCCCGAUGGAGGAGUUGAAUGGUUAUCAUCUUUGCGAAAGUUAAAUCUUCGAGAAGCGGUUGAUGCGCUCUGCAGUCUUCCUGGGGUUGGUCCUAAAGUGGCAGCUUGCAUUGCUCUCUUCUCUUUAGAUCACCAUCAAGCAAUUCCGGUUGAUACUCAUGUUUGGAAGAUAGCGACGAGGUACCUCAUUCCAGAGCUGGCUGGUUCACGCCUAACACCAAAACUUUCUGAUCGUGUGGUAGAUGCCUUUGUAAGUAAAUAUGGGAAGUAUGCUGGCUGGGCACAAACCCUACUCUUCAUUGCUGAGUUGCCUCCGCAAAAGGCGCUCCUUCUUCCAUCAAGUGUUUGUGAGAUUGAGGUAAAAACUUUUGGUAAACAGACAAAAUGUUAAUUGGAAUUUGUUGCAGGUUUUUGGUGAAGGGUAAAAGAUUUGUUAGGAGAUGAAUGUGAUUGUUGUUUGUAGUAAUAGUUAGGUUCUCACAAAUGAGGAGGCCUUGAAAGCCUUUGGCUUAUUAGAUGAUUCCUUCUGUAACACAGAGUAUGAUUGUGAAUCUAUUGUUGGUUCAAAUAUAAUCAGAUUAGUUGAAAUCAGCUUUUAUGGAGAUUGUUUUACCGUUUAGCAAUUUGAAUUUCAGGUUUGAUUGUUUU